AUGAGCCGAGUCUUGGGUGCCAAGCUUGUGGAGCCAACCGGCGACUAUGCCUACAGCCUCGCAGAUCAGAGCCCGGGCCAGGCGACUUCCGUAGGCUCGGUCGACACAGAUGUGCAAAAUGCCCAAGUCGCUGACGAGCUCGGCCGGAUAGAGGACAUCAACCGGCAACUGGAGGAAAAGAGGAGGCGGCUGCAGGAGUUGGAUGAGUUCUAUGAAGCAAGAAGACAGCAGAUACAAAGAAGAGUGCUGGACAAGCAGGACCAGGUCGACGUGUGUCGACGGAAGUCCUUGAUGUAUCGCUCGUCCCCAAAGUUCAGGAUGAGUGAUGGGCCGCCAGGUUGUCGCUGUCUUCAGUUUGUGGACGAGGCUUGGUUUGAUGGAGUGGUUGCCUUGGUGAUUGUGUCGAACCUUCUUCUGAUCGUCAUGGAGUUGGCAGACAAUACCAAGGUGAGGGAGUUCUUUUGGAGCGACACUGCAAUUCUUGUCUUCUAUAUCGUGGAGUUCGGGGCUCGUCUAGCCCUUCACCACGAGGAUCUAUUGAUUGGGCCAUGCAAGCAGGUUUGGACAUUCUGGGUUGACAUGCUGAUCAUCUGUGUGGGGGUGCUUGAUCUUUGGCUUGGCCCACUAAUCUUUGGUGCUGAUUCGCCAGAAUGGACCUCCUGGUUGCAAGGCCUACGGGCGGUUCGUGUCGUCAAGCUGUUUCGACUUCUGAACGACACUUCUUGGGCAGAAGAGCGUGGUUUUCAGCUCUUCAUCCUUGCAGUCAUCCUUUUGAAUGCGGCGAUGAUUGGUUUGGAAUUGAGCUUCCCGAACUUGGGCGGCUGGAGGCUUCUUGACAACUUGUUACUUUCGGUUUUUACCUUUGAGCUCAUUGUGCGCAUCCGCAACUCGGGCUGUCGGUUCUUUCAUGACCAGAAUGAAAUCUUCUACAACUGGCUGGAUUUGCUCAUCGUGCUGCUGGGAGUUGUCGAACAGUGGGUGCUGCCCGUGGUUGGCUUCUCUCUGUACAUGAGCGGAGCUGUGGAGGAGGCCCCCUUCGCAACAGACAAGCCGCAGACGCAGGCUAUGCGCUUGCUUCGGCUGGCAAGGCUGCUACGGCUGAUGCGCUUGCUACGACUGAUCCGAAACAUACCGCCGUUGUACACGCUGGCGAUGGGCAUCUUAGAGUCUUUCCAAGGCAUGACCUGGGUUUUUCUUCUUGCGCUGGUCGUGCUCUACACGUGUGCCAUCCUCUGCACGCAGCUCAUUGGCCACAGAUUGGUCGUCCCUGUGGAUUUUCCGGAGAGUGCGUCUCAAGUCUUUCCCACUGUGGGCACCUCGAUGUUCGUCUUGUUCAAAGUCAUGAAUGCGGAUACGCAGCCGUUGGACCCGUUGCUCAAUGCAAUGCCCAUCUCCAAGCUGUUCACAGCAUGGUUCAUGAUUCUGUCCAACUGGGCGAUCCUGGCCAUCCUUACAGCCGUGGUGAGCGAGAACUUGAUAAGCGCGUGCACGGACCACCGCAAACAGCAAGAGGAUGCAAAGCAGCUGAAACAGCGCCAGACGCUCAAAGAGAUUUUCUACAAGAUGGAUCAGCAGGGUGAUUCGAACCGAAAAGUCAGCGAGACGGAAUUCAACAGACGGCUGAAUGACGGGGAGGUCAAGGAAUCUUUGGAGGCCGCCCUGGAAGCCGUGAACAUACCAAUCAAUGAUUUGCCGAACCUUUUCGAGCUGCUGUGUAAACAUCCCACCAAGGGGGGCGAGCCGCAGAUUGAUCUUGACGACUUCCUGGAUGCUCUGCACUUCCAAAGCAAGGAAGUCAGCCAGCGCACCCUCAUGCGCAUGGAGCGGCGGAUCGACAGCCUAGAGGCAAUGGUCAGAAUCCUUCUGGGUGAGGACCCAAAGUCGCCGAGCAGGUCGUUAAAGAAGUCGCCAACCAAGGGCGAUCAUAGUUUCGGACCUACUAGUAGCGCAUCUGCGUAA